AUGGAAGAAUCCGAUAGCAUAUCUCUUCAGCCAAAGUCAAGGACAGAACUGAACCCAGAAAUCAAAGACCCGAUCGUCGUAAAGCUAGAAAAUGGGUCUUCCUUCAACAUUAACAUAAAAGAGCUUUGAAAGUAUUCAGAGGACCUGUUACGAGAGGAGAUUAAGCUAUCUAACAGAGAGUUAGCUGAAGAAAAUGAUGAAGCUGACUCUGAAGAUUACAUAUCAUUUACAGAACUAAGAGUUCUUGAUCUUAAACUCUAUAUUCUAAAAUUGAUAAGUAUAAGGCCUGGUACACGAAAGGUUGAGCAAAUAUCGUUAUUUACUGAGUCCCGAAAUGAUAAUAAAGAAAGCUCAAAAGCUAUCUCUAACGAUAAAAUAUUUGAUGUAAAAAAUAAAUACGAAACAGACCAUGUCUCAGAUUGUGAAAACUUAGCAUCAAUAAUAUACCAAAAUGGGCUCACAUUCUCUAUGAUGCUGAAUAAUUGCAAGGUCUCCUUGUCUAUAAACCAGAAGUUGGGGUCCUCCUCUUCAAAUAUUCAGAUAGAGACAGUCUCUUCUUGCUCGGUAUAUUACCUCAAGCUCUUAAUUCUCCAAAAGCUUUCAUGAAAAGACCCAAAUGAAGAAACCUGAAUUGCUGAUCUAAACCUACAUUACGGGAAGAUUAACCUGAAGGAUGAUAAAUUAUUGUCUGAUUAUGGAAUAAAUGGGCUGAUCUCCUCUGCAUCAACUCAGCCAGCAACUAACUCUCGUAGAAAAAGAGCGACUAACUUGUCAAUCUCUGAUAAUGGAAUUUACGAUCUAACCUUGGUUGUCGCAGAAAAGUCUAAAGAAGGAACCCUCAAGCUAGGCAUUGAUUUUACAUUCAACACUAUUAAGAAUGUCAAACGAUUAGAAUGGAGUGAGAGAGCUCCAGAUUACUGUGAAAUCCAGAACGGCAUGUGCUGGAUGUGAUACUGCAACAAUGAGGAAUGCACAAUUCAUAAAUAACUUGUUCAUCAUCAACAGAGGGUACGGCAAAUUUUCUCUCACUAAGGACUUAAAGAAACGAGCUAAAUGCCCACAAUGUAAAUCUUCAGAGAUCUUGGUCAGAAAUAUUGGAUUUGUAAAAUCUGAAUGGAAAAUGCAAGGCAUCCUCAAAACAGGAGUUGAUAAUAAAGUCAACUCUUCUGGUAAAAGUUAUGAUAAAAAAUUAUACACUUUCAAAGAAAUGGACUAUCAAGCAGAUUGGGUUGAGCUUAAAAUGGAAGUUUCUCGCACUGAACCUUUACCAAGCGUAAAAACAGAAAGUGAUAAUUUUACUAUUCAUGAGUCGGCAAAGGACUCAAAGAAAGAGUCUCAUAAAGAAGUAAAUAAAGAGACUUCUAAGAAAUCAAAGAAGACUUCUAAAAAAGCCGAGCUAGCCGAGAAAGACCGAGAAGACCCGAUUGAGGAUAUUUGUGAUGCUCCAAGCUCAAGGAUGCAAGAAGGAUGAAUUGGGAGCUUGUUAUGAUGAAAAUUCUUUUCUUCUUAA